AUGACAGCUGGAACAUUCGAAGAAUGGAAAGCCGUGCAUGGAUGCGAGUUUCGACACAGAAGAACUGCUGCGGAAAUCCACCGCUGUAGACGCGGUCAGCGCACAGACAUCAAACCGAGUGAAUGGAACAAGUUUGGUUACGCGGACAGAGACGAGGUGCUUCAUCGCGAAAUCAAGUAUGAUGCCCAAACGUUGCCCAUUCCACGAGUCAAACGUGGCGAACUGUCUGUUGAAGAGUUCUUGAAGGAAUUUGCGGCCAAGUCUACACCCGUGAUCAUCGAGGAUGCGUGCUCAUCUUGGCCAGCUUCUAGCAGAUGGUCUCUUGACGCUUUAGAAGAAAGGUUCCGUCAUGUUGAUUUCAAAGUUGGGAAAACUGACAAGGGCAAGAACAUACAAUUGAAGAUGAAAUAUUUUGCAGAUUACUGCCGACAUCAGAGGGAUGACAGUCCAUUGUACUUGUUUGAAACGAAAGUCGAUGAAACCAGUGCAAUGAGGCAUUUGCUGUCUGAUUUCGAGAUGCCGGAUCUCUUUCCCGAUGACUGGUUUGCCCUAAUGAAUCCCGAUGCGCGGCCCCCUCAUCGAUGGUGGUGUAUUGGACCAAAAAGGUCUGGGACUACGGUGCACACCGAUCCUCUGGGCACGGCAGCAUGGAAUGCUGUGACUCACGGUGUGAAGCGCUGGGUUCUUUUCGAGCCAAGCACCCCGAAGCGCAUCGCCAAAGGGAAGGAUGUUCUGCAAAAAGGUGAGGACACAGAGGCCAUAAUGUAUUUUGAUUUCAUCUUGCCCCGCCUGAAAGAAGCUUAUCCAGAUGUCAAAACAUACGAAGGGCUGCAACGUCCGGGAGACCUCAUCUUCGUGCCCGGGGACUGGUGGCACGGUGUGCUGAAUCUGCAAGACUGUGUUGCGGUGACCCAGAACUACUGUGGGCGCGACAACUUUGAAACAGUUUGGUGUCGAACUCGUAAGGAUCGGGAGAAGGUGGCAUACUUGUGGCUUCGCAACAUGAGGAAGUUUGCCCCCAGGUUGUACAACUGGGCGAUCGACUUGAACACUCGUGAUGGCUAUCGCAUGCGACACGAACGCAGUUCAGGUGAGAAGAAAGCCGACUCGGAUAGGGACUCCAGCAGCGACUCCUCCAGCAGUGACUCCACCAGCGACGAAGCAGAGGACCUUUCAGCAGAAGGCCUUGAAACCGUCUUGGGUGCUGGUAUCCUGCUCGGGGACCGGAAGCGCCAGGCAGUAUCCUGGCCUGGUAUCGCUGCAUCGUUGGAGCCUGCGCAGUCGCGUAGGCGCUACGAGCUGACCGCUCAUGAUGAGCAAAUGGCAUGA